GGAACUCAUCCCCGGGCGUUGCCGCGGCAGCGUUCGUAUCAUCGCGCCGGCGCCGGGGAACGGCAGUCAGUUGCAGUCGGCGGCCGGAGCGGUGCUGACGGCUGUUCUCCAUCUGGAGAGGAGCGGGUAAGUGAGGGAUGGGGAAAGCUGCCCCCUCUUCUGCCACAACAUGAGGUGAGCAAGGCUUGCAGACAGGACUCAGCAACCCCUUCCUCAGGCAGCAUCAGCCCUGUUCAGACCAUCCCAUACACACCAUUAGCCGAGCCCUGUACCAGCCUGCUCUCAACCCUGCCACAACACACACCUAACACCCGAACCUUGACAGAGGUGAAAGAGGGGAAGCACGGCAGUCAGUGUCCUGCCUCUACGAAAUGUUGUCAACGUACCCUCAAGAGGUCUGACGUAGAGGGCCAUGCCCCCCGUGGUUAAAUAGGGCAGCCAAACAUGAGCGCCACGCUAGGAUCACACCUCAGAUUACCAGGUUGUGGCUCCAAAGGAUGCAGUUUCGUCUAGGAAAUGUUUGUCUUCCUUCCUCCUCCUGCCUGUCACAUCCUCAAACUCACCCAUGAAACUAUUAGCUAACAGCGUAGACAGCUCCUAACAUUGCAACCCACAGAGGUGUCGCUCAAUCCCCACCCUUCUUCACUGAUCGCACUGAAGGAUUCACUUCCUUCGUUGCCCCACAGUCAACAGAUGCAACUAUUUCAGACAAAUCCAUGAGAAUGAAAGACACCUUUUGUUGUUGUUAGUGAUUUUCUUGGUCACCGUCGCCGAGUCCCAGGAGAGCCUGUUCCAGAGGAGGAUUUCUUUCCUGUCACCUUUCCCCUGCACAAGCAGCUGAGGAUCAGGUAAUGAGACAAUGCACCCUGAGGCGCAGGUGGUUGUGAAGCUGGCAUUGAAGCAAUGGUCUUUUCUGACUUCAGGUUGGGGAUUACUAAUGUUUUCUCCCAAGCGCGUGAGCAGUGCAGAGGAGCCCAAGUCACUCUGGAGGCGAAGCCCUGAAUAGCACAUGAUAGGAAUUGCUUGUGCUAAUUUAACCUUGUCUGUGUAUUUUAUUUUUGAUUCAGACCAUCUCUGCCUGCCCUGGUGACUCCAGGCUGCCAAAUCCUUCCUGCUCCAGGUCCCCCUAUCCAGCCAGGACGGAUGGCAUCUGGCACCCCACCAGCAUAGAGGCAACAACAGUUGUUGGUUAAGGAGAUAUCAUGCUAGAUGUACUUAGGGUGCAGAACAUGGGUACAGGCCUAGUCGGGAAAAAAGGAACUGGGUAAGAAAAGGUAGAGGGAGCGUGCCUUUUGAGAAGAGAGGCCAAGAGCAGACAUGAGGGGCAAUGGACCUGUACAACUUUAUCCAGUUUUGCCACCGAGGGCUGUAAGGGGAAAUCAGGGAGGGGCAGUUAUGCCUGGGAGAGAGCAAGGGAAGGGGGAAGGCGGAGGGAUGCAGGAGAAAGGGAAGUGUUUAAUGUGUUUGUAGGGGAAGGGGCAGUGCACGACAGCAUAUUCCAACAAGUCUCCUAAUACAUGGCAGAGUCCCCUUCCAGGUACAAGACACAUCCACCUAGCUGCAUCUACUGAGGCGCCCAGCAGCUGCAGAGACUCCUGGGAGGCAGGACCCGUUGAGGCCAAGGACCACAGAAGAAGGCGAGGAACCCAGCCAGAGGGACUGCGAGACUCUACCUAGCAGUCCGCCAGCCCUCCAGGGCAAGAUGGAGAGGCUGAGGCGGAUCCUCAGAAAGAGGAUGGCAAGAAUGGCCCCGGGACAGGAGAAGGACAGGAAGAAGCCUGAGGAGGAGGAGCAGGGCGGCCACCACCAGGCAGAGGCUGCAUCAAGGAAGGGCAGGUGGUGGCACUGUCUCGUGGGCUGGAGAAGAAGGGCACCUCCAGCAGCCACGGAAGAGCAGGGAGGGGAGCCAGUCAGGCCCCGAUGGAGGUGGCCCAGGAUACAGCUGGGCAGGCAGGGCCCAGCACCAACAGAGAGCCAGGCACAGCCCUCGCGCAGCUCCAGCCCCAAACACAGCAGCCAGGACCCCAGCGCUGAAGCCCAGCCGAAGGCCACUCCUCACGUGGCUUGGGAGGAGAAGCCAGGCUCCCCAGGGCAGGAGCUGCACAGGCCCUGGUUCAAGCUGGGCUCCAGCUCCUCCAGGGAGGACAGCGACAGCUCCCAGGAGGCUGUGGGCCUCCAGCAACAUGCUGCCACCGCCAGAGAUACAGUCCUGCCCUUCUACAAGGCAGAGGAAGAGCAGAGGGAGGACUUCACCUACCUGGAGGAAGCCGCCCUCUCAGUCAUCCUACGGCACCUCCAGAGCACGGACCAGACUGUGAAUGAGGGGCUCACUUUCCUCCGUGCCGUCCCCACGCUGUGCCUGGCUACAGUGAAGAGGGGCGAGGACACCCUAGAGCCGCCCUGCUGCAAAGCGGCACUUGUGGAGAGGAUUGUGGUGCUGAUUGACAAGCUGUCCGACUGUGAAGAAGAGCCCAGCACCAUCCUUCCUUACAGCAUGGCUGUUGUUUGCAUCCUCAGCAAACUGAAGCCAGCCCUGGAGCCAGCCCUGGAAUCGCGCCUCCUCUACACCGCCCUCCACAAGACCUUCCUGAUGGCCACAGGGCACAACAGCCAGCACAUCCAGGGCAUGCAGCGGAUCAGCGUGGAAUACCUGCAGGCCACGCUGAGGUGUCUGCUGGCAACUGCCCCCAGCCUGGCCAGGCUGCAGUUCAUUGGGCAGCACUUGACCUUGUGGCUCCAGUUGGAAGAUAAGAGGGACAGAGCCACAGCCAUCAAGAUCACCACCAGCCUGCUCUGCUUUGCAGUCUCCCUCCUCCCACAGUUUGAGGACUCGCCCAAGGUGCCCCUGGUGGGUGACCUGGUGGCCCUGCUGGGUCUGUGCAUCAGCGACCCAGUGGAGGAGAUCAGCCGCCAGGCCAAGGAGGGCCUCUCCCACCUCUACAAGAUCUUGAUGCAUCAGAAGGGGCAAGACAUCCAAGAGGCACAGGAGCUGUGGCCCAUCAGCCAGCACCAGCACCACCUACACCGAAUCCUCCUCUACAUCGAUCUGGCCACAAUGGGAGAGGCCUUCAGGAAGAUCCUCUCCGAAGACCAGAGGAGAGCAUUUGCACAGAGGGCACUGCUGGGGAUCCACCAUGUCAUGCUGCACGUGAGCCAGGCCGGGGUGGUUCUGCUCUAUGCCAUCCUGGGGCAAUCUGGUCACCUGACGGGGGCAGAAGUGAGCAGCAUGGUUGGAUUCAGGAAAUGAGUGGCAGGACACACUCUCUCACUUCUAGCCAAGGAGAGGGUGAUUUCUGGGUAGGGAAGCUAAAGACGGUGUGUGUUUGGUGGGGGACAACGCGUCUGGUAGACAUGUCUUUGGGCUGGUUUGGGAUUGUGCUGGCUCCAAUGUCAUUACCUGACUGUCCCUGGUGGCCCUGGAGUCCCUGACUGGUUUCUGUACCCUUGCAGGAGAAGGAAAUUCCCGUCAGGGUACUGAGGAAGCUCCUAAUCCUGAAAUGCUUCCAUCAGCUGCCCAAAGAGCUGCAGAGGCACAGUCAUCUGGAGAGUGCCUCAAGGAUCCCCAUCUCUCCGCAGCAGCGCCAUCCAUCCUGAUGCAAGCAAAGGCUGGGUGUGAGGCCACGGAUGCCAACUGCGAGGCAUGGGACACGGUGUAGGGGAGGUCGGAGCCGUGGAUAUAAGCCCUAGGUAUCAGCGUGUGGCAGGGCACUGCUAGUGCCUGCCACUUUAAGGGCUGGGUCAGGCAUCCAGCAAGUGCCUGAUGGCAGCAGUCAUUUUGACAACUUUGUAUAUAAAGGCUGCAGUCUGCUGCUGCCAGCCGAGGCAGAAACAUUGCCUCGCUGAGCUGCAGCAGGAACAACCAGGCGGUAAGGGAAAGAGCUUAUGGGGAUGGCUAGGAGGCUCUUGGUCCUGGGCACGACCGAAAACUGCACCCUGCCGGGAAUGGGUGGCCUGGUGGGGCUCCUAGUGGCGUGGGAGUCCCCAGGAAAUGCCAGGCCAGUUACCACCCCGGUGAAAGGCGGGUCGGGGCGCCUUAAUAACCCCAGCUCCCACAACCAGGUGGGUAACCCCAUAGUAGGCCUGAGACGGCGGACCCCUGUGAGAGAGCGGACUAGAUGCUCACAAUCCUGACUUGAGGCACCCUCAACUGGUCAGUGCUGGGGCCAGGACCAGAAGGGUCAAAAGGGCCAGGGGCCCACUGUGAGGGACGCCCAGAGCCAAGGGCCUGGGGUUUCUAACUGGCCUUGGAGGGGAGGCCAGGGCCUGUGUGGCCAAAGGUCCCGGGGUGUGGGGCACACCUGAGAGGGGGAAGAGUGCAGGGAGGUAGACAGCCCAGAAUGAGGGCGGAGUAGGCCGCCUGAUCGGAAGGAGCCAGUUGGGGUCCAGACUGGAGGAUUAUGGGGCCCAGGAUGGGGCCAAAGAUGCUAAGAACUGGGAUGCCAUCUGUGAGACAUGAGCUGCAGCAUAGGGGAGGAUUUGGAGCUGCAGAUAACAUCCCCAGGCAUUCGGGCAAGAAAUGGACAGCCUACCUCUUAAUUAAGACCAUCCUUUUGUAUUGCCACGGUGUGGCAGGAAAGAGAGGCGGGCGCUUAGCCCAGAAAAACUUGGGCAGGAAGGGCCUCCUGUUACACAGUGCAAGUAAAUGGGCAGCUUCCUGCCAUGUUCUCAUCUUUCACCUGUAUCAUCAAGGUUGUGGCAGGUGAGGGAGGCGGGCAGUUAGCCCUGAGACAAGUGGGUGGGUCAACGAUUUGACCGGCCCCAGGAUGCCCACUUUUUACCAGUGGACAGGAGGAUUAAGGUUCAACCAGACUGACCAGCAGCACUGGUGUUGCGGGGGACUCCUGCUUGGGACACCCCUCUGAAUUUGGUUGGUGUUUGCGAGAGACGCACUGAAAUUAGAUUAAGGGUUCAAAAACAUAAAAGGGAUUGCUUUAGGACUAAGAGGAACAUGAGAAUAAAGAGGAUAAAGAAUGAUAAUGACAAGGCAGGUAAACAAUGGGAAGCACACACAAUAAUACCGAUGCAGUACUUUACUAAAUAUCACAAUCAGCUGGAAGGCCCAAAUGAAAUAACAGGAAAAUGGAAAAUGGCAUCAAGGAAGCAGACAGUUAAGAACAGGGCAGAAAAUUAUGGCAUCCAGAGGAUGAAACCAGUCUGUCAAUCCAAGGUGGUUCAAAUAGUUUGGAAGGUCACCUGGGACUGGGUUGUUCAGCACUAUUGCCUCUCACCCUCCAUGUGGAGCAGAGAUUACACUCACCAGUCUCUUAGAAUCGGAUGCAGCCAGGCACAGCUCUCCCACAACUCCAAUCAUAGCACCUUUGCCAGUGUAGUGAGAGAACAGCUGCUGAUGAGUCAGGCAGUUGUGUGAACUACCCGAGGCCAAAGUACCCUUUAUAGAACCUACCUGUACGGCAUGUAUCAAGAAUGGAAUCACCUUACUACGUCUUAGAGCUCAUCAUGUUGUGAGAAACUGGUUAUCAACUUUCAAUAUUGAGAUUGGGCGGUAGGCUCCACAUGUUAAACCUUUCUUUCACUUCUUGAGUAGACAAAUAGAUAAAGCUGUUCUUGCUUCUCUAGACAGAAUUCCAUUUUCAACUAUUUCACUGUACAUAGUUUAUAAUAAUUGUUGCCAGACUUCUCCGGAAAGUUUUCUAAAAUUCAGAUGGAAAACUGCCAGAGCUUUCCCCUCUCUAAGAAAUGCAGCACCUCCGUAACUUUCUGUAACGUGAUCUCCUUCUCUAGUUCAAUUGCUUGACAUAUUCAAAUCUAAUUCAUAUAGCUUCUAAUCUAAUACUGUAUUAUCAUUGGAGGUAAUUAUUGCAGAGAUCUGCUAUUUGAUGCCUCUGCCUAAAGUCUUCUAGCCAAUAACUUACCUGCCUUGUCACGCCACUCAUAGUCAUGUUAACUCUCUUGACCUGACAUGCAAUCCCAUGUCAAAAUGUUUAUGUAUCAUCACAAGAGACUUAUUCUGUCUGUCUGGAGCACUCUGAUUAGUUGUCUUGGCAGCCAAUCGCAAUGCUGAAACUGAAACAACCAAAAGUGCAGACAGAAUAAGACCAUUUCAGACAGAUAUGUAGACAACUUAGAGGUAGAACGAAGCACUGGGGCACUCUGCUGUGGAGUGGGUAGGGUCCGGCGAGGGCACGGAGGUGAGGGGGCAGGGUUGAGAGGUGGGGAAAUAAAGCAGUGAGGGGCCCGUUCCCUAUUUUUCCCCUCCAGAACCUGCCUGCCUCUCCUGCAGCCAGAGGGAGAGCUGCCAGUGGGAUCUGAGCUGCUGGGGGCCUCCAGUGCUUCCCUGCAUGGUGAUGGUGCCCCACAGGACUGCCGGGCCGGGUGUCAGCGGGUGGGUGCUGCCCAUGCAGUGCUGCCACCACAGCGGGAAGCACUGGAGUUCCCUGCAGCUCAGGGGCUGCAUGAACCACUGGCAGCUCACUCCUCAGCCACGGGAGAUGCAGGCAGGGACCGGGAGGAAAAAAAAUGAAGAUCAGGCCCCUCACUGUUUUUGUGGGGUUUUUUACUUGGCAGAGCCUGCCUGCAUGAGUUGCCACUGGGUCUUACAGCCCCUGAGCUGUAGGAGGGCCUUGUACUUCCCGCAGCGGUGGCAGACCCCCACUGGGCCGGCUGGGCAGGGUGCUAGCUGCUCGGGUGCAGCCCCAGCUCUCAGGCAGUAUCUGCCAGAACCAACGGUGCAUGCGGCGCUGGAAGCCUGGGUGUUUUCAGGGAAACUCAGGCUUGGUGGGCUUCCAGCACCCCGUGCACCGUCCCUGCCACCUUCCCACCACCUGGAACCACCCGGGAAUGGGCUGGCUGCCCCGGGAUGGUAGUGGGAUGGCAGCUGGGUGUGAUGGCAGCCAGAGAAGGUGUCAGGGAUGGGGUACGGGGCAGUGAAUACCCACCAAGCCCAAGCUUCCUCCAGCACCCUCAGGCUGCCAGCACCCCCAGGCUGCCAGCACCCCAUGUACCAUCCCCAUCGCCUCCUCCAGAUAGGGCCCUUGUACAUGUGAGGAAUAGCGCUGUAAUAUGUUAUGAAGAAAACUAAUACACAUGGGAUGUGUUUUACUUUGCUAUGUAAAAACUCAUUGAAAUCUUAACAUGCCACCGAACCUGUACAUCAUUACACAUUUAAAUGGUUAAAAAUGGGCAACGAAGCCACUUAAAUGGGCUAUUUCCUCACAUAUCCAAGAGCUGUUAGUCACGUAUACAAGGGCCCUCUUAUUCUAUGACUGUAACCAAGUCACAAGGUCAAACUUUUGACAAAAUAUGUGCUUGUAUUCCUAAGCCUGUGUUUACACAUGGACAGCUUUACGUAGCCAUUUGAAGGGUGAGAAUUUUUGAUUCUGUUAAAGUAUUCGGUCAAUCACUAUCCUAAAAUCCUGUAUUUAAAGUAAUAAUUUUGCAAUAAAAAUGUAAUCACAAA